CGCAGGGUUGCUCGGCUGUACUGAUGCUGCUUGGUAACUGGCUAGCCGUGAAGGCGCGUUGGGAGUGUUGCUGUACUUUUACUCAAAGGCUUCAUUUCAGAGACCAUUAGAGUGAUAAUAGAGGAGAUCAGCACUAGCGCUAAACUCAGCUUAAGUGCUGUAGCUGCUUGUGAGUCGUUGCGAAACUUAAGUCGACCCUGCGGCGUCUUUGCUAAAAUCGAGCCGACUGCCCGACAAAUCUGUUCCUGUGGGCAGUAAGAAGAUGCCAACAGCAGGUGAUGCCCAGGUUACCCAGGCAUGGCUGCGCUCCACAUGGCAGGUCCAGGUACCUCAAACUUGGCUGGACGCUUGUGUGGAAUGGGUCCUGGAGGAGGCGGUAGGAGCAGCCGUGCCUCAAGCCAGACUCAACCAGCAAGUCUUGGAACAAUGGCUACUCACUGACCUCCGUGACCUCGCCCAUCCCAUCCUGCCUGCUGGUGUUUCCGAAGCCGAGAAGAUGGAACUGAAUGGCUGCUACUGCCUCCAGAUGGACUCCCUGCUGGACGUCAGUCAGCCGGCCUACUCUCAGCUGCAGCAUGUUCGUGGUGCCGACUGUACCAACGAACAGGUCACUGCCGUGACACAGGCCACCCAGAAGCCAUGGGAAGCUAAGCCCACGCGCAUGCUGAUGCUGCAACUCACUGAUGGGGUGCAGAGCUUGGAGGCAAUGGAGUACCAGCCCAUCCCAGCCCUUAACCCCAAUCUGCCUCCAGGCACCAAGCUCCAGGUGGUGGGCAAGGUGGUGGUGCGUUUGGGUGUACUGCUGCUGAAAUCAUAUAAUGUGAAGGUUCUCGGUGGGGAAGUAGAGCAGCUGGUGGAGAGGCAUUCUCAGGCCAGAGUACUCUGCAGGACCCUAGGGUUGCUUGAGGAAGACCAAAUGCAAGGAGCAGAACCAAAUGAUCAGGAGCUCCUUGCUAGUGUGGAGGCUGUGGGGGAGCCUCAUAUAGGGGGGGCCUCCUUGGACAGUGGUUAUGACAGCAAUGGUGGCAGCUUAAUCUUACAAGCUUCUGUGGGAAGUCAGCAGUCUUAUAGCCAUCAGGUAGAUCCUUCCCUUCAGGUGACCAUUCCUUCUAACAGCCACAAUUUGAAUAAUCCUCCAGCUGAUGACAUUCCAGAUAACUUUGACUAUGUACCUGAGGACUUUGAUGACAUUCCAGAGAACUUUGACGAUGUUCCGGAAAACUUUGACGAUGUUCCGGAAAACUUUGGCAAUGCCCCAGAAAACUCUGACCGGGCUCCAGAAGACUUUGAUGAAAUUCCGAUGGAAGAACUGGACAGCAUAAUGACGCCUACAGAGACAGAGGUCUUUCCCAGGAAUGGAGCUAUGGAAUUUGGUGGAAUAGAACAACAGGCCAUUCCAGGCUCAGACUCAGGAAGGCUAGCCAGCCACAUCAACCAGCCCACAACUGGAGGACGAAGCCACCUUAGUUUUGUCUCUGAAACUUCUGUCAAUGAGCGCAACAGUCACCAUGGAGGAUACACAGAUCAGAUGGCUAUUAUUGGUGAUUUAGAAGACUCCUUCUCCUCCCCAGAAGCAAAGAUGGCCAGAUAUGAUCCUCUUUACAGUAGCACUCAAAUGAAAGCACAGGAUUCUGCACAUAAACAUAGCGAUAAAGCGAAUGCUGACAUGUCUGUCCUCAACUACCUUUGCAUUUUGCAGGCUGGCGUUUGGCCGCCCUCUACUGUUCAAGUUGUGCGACUGCAGGCCUUUAUAGUCACCUUGCUUGGAAACCUGCGCGUCAGUGGCGGGGAAUGGAAACUUGGAGCCACCAUAUCAGACGGCACUGCAUACCUGGAUGUGGAUCUGUGUGACACUUUGCUGACUAACCUGAUUGGUUUUUCAGCAGCAGAAUCCAGGACAUUAAGGAAAGACCCAGCAAUGCAUGGAGUGGUGAACGCUGGAAUACAGAGCUGUCAGAGGGAGCUGGUGGAUAUGUGCUGUGUGAUGAAUGUACGGUUGGAGCCAUCGGGGAAAAGCGUGCUACUGAGGACUGAUCCUUUAACAGACAGAGAGGGCCGUGAACUGCAGAGGAGGGUUACGGAGAGGAGGAGUUAAUACGGAAAAUUUGCUACUUUAAUGGAAUUCUGUGCCUAAAAAUACCGUCUUUGUUAUUGAUGAAUGGAUGCUUGUAGGGGACAGUGACCAUUAUAUAAGCUAAAGAGGAGUUCCCCACUUCUGUAUAAUUCAUUCAUUGACUUGUAAACAGUCAUUAAGAGGUGACGAUAGGAACCAGAUGUCUGAAGUAUUCAAUGCCUUCGGGAGUUAUUACAUUACGAAACAUCGUUUAACGAAAGCUUUGUUAUAAGGUUAUGAUCUAAAAUGUCCAUUCAUAGUGGAGAGGUACAUACCUGGCACUAUCAGGCAAAAUAAUACCCCAAAGAAAACGUUUUUUUUCCCCAGAUUUACUGCUGCUUUGCCAUUUUCAACCUUGCAUAUUAAAAACUCAGAAGACACAUGUAGGAUCACUGGUUGUGGAUAUUUAAAUAGCUAUAUUUGCUUCAUCACUGUCACAACAGCUCAUUCCUAUCACCUCUUCUGUAAAGAAAUUAGUCAGUAAAUUACUCUAUAAUGUGCCGUUUCACAGCAAAACUCUCUUAAUGUCUUUGUUUAGAUCUCAACGACUGAAUUGUGCAGAAAUAAAAAAAAAAAAAACGUUGGAAUUUCUCUUUGAAUGAUACUAACGGCUUCCCAACCAGCUUGAACUUGGAGCCAUGUUCGAGAAACAAUGUAGUUUCUAAUUUUAUUCAAAUAUGCAACUGCAAAUAAAAGUGGUCUGAAUGUAUUUAGAAACGGCUCGCCCUCAAGGACCGUGAUUCGACAGGGUGUAUGAACGGCUGUGACUCGGAUACCUUAAAUGCUCCACAUGGGACAGUGAAACCAGAAGUGUGUGAUUCGAUCAAUCAUAUUUGAUAUUGAUUAUUGAUUGAUCUGAAACCAGAUAUGACUAAAUUGAAUUCAGCUGUAAUUACAGAUUGAUAAAUGUGGUUAAAUGUGACACCCCUGUGGAUUGUCAGGUUCUUAGUUUUACGUUUUAGUUUACUGCAUUAUUAAAAUGAGUUUGAACUGUUUACCCACGUCUCUGCAAUCAGUUUGAAAUGGAUAUCUAUGUGUCCACAAUCGGUUUAAAUGGGUUACCUUCCAUUUCUCAAAUCGCUGUGACAUGGUUACCCACAUCUUUAAAUCAGCGUGAAGUUGUUACCUGUGUCUCCAAAAUCAGUUUCAGAUGGUUACUCACAUCUCCCAACCUCCACCUCUGAACUAGGCCAGCAAAAACGAUCCAAACGUGUUUAACUAUAUUAACAGUCAUGUAAGCGUUCCGACCAGGCAGUAGGGAAUGAAUAAGGUUCAGCCUCACUGUGCAAAAAGCAGAGACCACCGUUCUUUUUAUUUACAGUCCUUGAUUUGCAAGUUAUUCAUUUUCGCCAUCUGAAAACAUUUCAGUGAAAAUUAAACAGAAGCCUCCACGACUGAAUCUAUGAAAAUGUUCAGUAUUUAGUGCCUCACUUUGUCUUUAUUUCACCUUUCAUUCUUUUUCGGGCGACUUGCUUUCAUUUUAUUCAAAGACAUCUGCAGGGACGUUUUUCCACACCUCCAAUUUUCAGUCUUGGAAGCCUCAUGAGCCAAUAACACAUUCAGUGGUGUUGAGGUCUGGACACUGGGGUGGUCAUUGCAUUGUGUUGAGAGCACCAGCAGCUUCUUUGUUAGAUUUGCAAUUUCCUCCUUUUUUUGUCUGUUUCCACUUCUAAGGGCUUCUCGACAGACGUCCUCUGAUACUGUGUUGAAGAGUCUUCUCACAGUGAAAGGAUAGAAACAGCUGUGGGUGAUUUUCAGAUUAGAAGCAGGAGUGGAGCUGUGGGGCUCCUACGUGUCGGUUAUUUACGUGUAGCCGUUCACCGAUGGGAAUGUUACUUGAAUAAAGUGGUGAAGCUGAUUUAGGAGCAAAUGUC